AUGGCGGUUGUUGUGGGCACUUGGCCAUUUAGCUUAGAAGCGGUGAAAUUGAUCUCUAGAAAGCUACGAGAAGGGAACGGAUGUAUUGAUGCACUGGAAAGUGGAAUCAAUUGUAAUUUGGUUGCAAACUUUUUUGCAAGUUUUUUGUCAUGCUGCAGAAAAUAUCAAUUAUUUUAACGUAGUAAUCUAGUUGCGCUCACAAGGAAUUUUUUUCUUUUUAGUGAUUGAAGAAGAUCCUGACACAGGUCUCUAUUUUGUUGGUAGAGGAGGAUUACCUAACUCUAAGGGUAUUUUGGAGUGUGAUGCGGCAGUCAUGGAUGGAGAUACGUGUCGUUUUGGAGCAGUUGCUGCUUUGCAAGGGUAUUAGCACUAGUUUUCCUCAGGAUUGGAGGAGGGGUGAUUGAUAUUUUCAGGCUUUGGAGAGUCAAUUUUCUCAUCCUUUUUCCCGCUUCUUAUUCCCCAUUGAUAAGUACAUGAAAGUUUAAUAAUUACCUCCGGGCAAUCUUUAACUCAUUCACUCCCAAGACCUCAUAAGUAAUUCUCCUUGGUGUCUGCCAUACAAUUCUUGUGUUGUUAGUUUGGAGAAUUUGGCAUUGGAUAUUACUUUACUUUCAUCACUUUUCUGCUUGUUAUUGUAUUGAGUGAGGUCAAAUUCGUGUUGGUCCCUUUAAAGGGUUAAAGAAUGAUGAUUGUUGGCAGGUGAUAUCAAUUGAUUGUAAUCAGCAAAGCCAUCUUUAUUAAAUGUUUUGUUUCCUGAUGCCUUUAUUUUGUUAAACAUUCUAUCUGGAAAUUUUUUCUCUUUUAUUUCUAUGCUUUUUUCAAAGAAAGUUGGUUGGUCAGGAAAUGGAAAAGAAAACACUUUUGAGGACAGUUUAACUGACAAUUAAUCUCCACUUAACCUUUUGAUUAAUUUUCUUUAGAGUUGCGACUGCUUUCUCUGUUGCAAGAUGUGUGAUGGAAAAGUCACCUCAUAGUAUGCUUGUGGGAAGCGGUGCACAGGAGUUUGCUCAGAGUAAUGGGUUCCCUGUGGAAUCAAAUUCAGCUUUACAGACACAGCAGUCAAGAGAAGCAUUUCAGGUGUGCCAAACUUUUGAAAUUUUCAACCCUUAAACCACAAAGACUGACCAGCAUCUUUUUUCUCAUUACAAUGUCAUCCCUGAAUCAAACAUUAAGGUCAUGAGAACUGAGGGAUUGAUCAUCAAUUAAAGAAGCUAUUGAUUGUUUAACAAAUUCUCCUUGUCUGCAACUUAAGAAAUGUAAAGAGAAUAAUGUGGAGAAUAUACAUACUGAUGUCAGGGUGUAAAGCGUUAAGGAAGGAGUUUUGUAUUGCAGUAGACAUUUUUCUAGUAACAGAAAAUUAUUUAAUCCUUCAACUCCCAGAAGUGAUUCAUAUAACCUCUAUCUGACUGUAUAUACCUACAAUGUCAAUACAUAAUCUAACCUACAGGUAAUACUAAUACCCAUACUUGUAAGGUAGAGGUUUUUAUCUUGGUUUAACUUGGUUUAACACCAAGUUCUUGUAAAUGAAUUGUGAAGAAAUAUAUGUAACUUGAGGGGAGAAUUCAUAUUCAGAUCUUGGGAGUUAAAGGGUUAAACAGUUGAUCUGUAUUGUUUUUUUCCUGCCCCGCAAGUGUUGAUAAGUUAUUACAAAUAGAUGUAGCUGGCUGAACCCUUCUGUAUUAGUAAACUGCAGUUUACAAUCACAGGAGGGCUGGGUUAUGAUACUUAAACAAUGAUUUUUCCUUGAAUCACUGACACUACAGUCAACUGUCACUCAGUAGAAUGAAUAAGCUAUGCUGACACAGGCAACUAUGAAUCCUGGUUUAACUUUGUAACUCCCAAGAUCUCAUUAGUAAUUCUCCUUACAUUCUGGCAUGUAAUUCUUUGUUUGUUAGUAGGGAGAAUUUAGUAUUUGAUUAACUUAUACAAUUAAACCCCUAAUUGACAAUUUCUUUGUUCUUAUCACUUGCCUGCUUGAUAUUGUAUUGGUAUUGUAAGGAGAAAUUCUGUCUUUAUCAUACAUGGGAGUUACAAUGUGUUAAGCAGUUUUUCCUUAGUCAUUCUAAGCCUUACCAAUGUGCUGAAAAUAAUGAUCCUUGUAAACUUAUGAUAACCAUCAACAUUUGUCUAUCCUUAGUAGAAAUUUCUUGAGAAGUCAGGUGAAGAAGAAGGAGGCCAUGAUACCAUAGGUGAGGAGUUGCAGCUUUUGAUUAAGGUUUUGAGUAAAUUCUUCUUUUGAUUAAAUGGCACAUUUUAUUUCUUUUGUUGAUUUGUUUAGGUUUUUCCCUGCCCCCUUUUGGUUAAAUCUCACAGUGCUUGAAUUCAGUUUUAUUUCUAGACAAGGUAGUAUGCUUUAGUACCACUUUUUAGUGGUUUCUAGUCCUUGCUCCACUGGUUUUUUUCCACAUUCUCUGGUUUCCCCCCCCUCCCCCUCCCCUUUUUUUUUUACAAAACUACAAUCAUGUAACACUCCAAAUUACAGUUCACCCUUGUAACAGUGGACAUAAAAAGUUGAUUUUCAUUCAGUGGCUGUGUCAUUUUGUUUGUUUUUGUGAGGAAGAUAUUUGUUAGAUCUGUAAGAAAUUUGUGGAAACUUGAGCUAUGUGCUGAUCAAUGCCUGUUAAUAGUAAUAUGUUUUGUUUUCUUUGAAAGGCAUUUUGGUCAUGGACUCAAGGAGCCAUCUUGUUGCAGGUAACUUUGUAACAUGCAGUGAAAUAGUAGGAUGUGAAUUAUUUUAAAGUCAAUAUCAAACUUAUUUGUACACUGUAUUUUGGAAAAGUUGAUUAUGUAAUUACUGGAAAAAGUUUUGCUGAUCUGAAAUACAGUUUUUAAGUGUUUAUUAUGAUAUUUUUAAAAUGUUCAAGUGCAUUUUAUUUCCACAGGUGUUUCUUCAAGUGGAAUUGCCUUCAAACACCCAGGCAGGGUUGGAGAUUCACCUCUCCCAGGGUCAGGAUUAUAUGCUGAUAACGAGGUGAGUAAAUUGCGAGCAUUCUACAGUGUAACAAAUUGUAGCAGUUAAAAAAAGGGGUAGCAUGAAACUGGAAUAUAUUUUCAACUUGUUGUGCAUGCUGGCUUCUUAUAUCUGAAUAUGCAUAUCUUCUGCUGGUUGAGAUAAAUAUUCCAAACUUUUCUUUUUCUAUUUUUCAGAUUGGAGCAGCAGCAGGUUUGUUUUGAGAUGGUCAGGACACACCUUUUGCUUGAUUUUAAAUAUGGUGUCUUUCUGAUUUUUGAUCUGGUUUUUGAAGGUGUUUCCAGUCUGCUUAUAAGUCCUGCAAAAUUAAAUGGAGCAGUAUUGCUUGAAAUGAAUUUAAGACGCAGAUUAGAGACUGCUACAUGUAACUGUCUUAAUUUGAUUUGCAGCUACUGGGGAUGGUGACAAAAUGAUGAGAUUCUGUCCUGCUUUUCAUGUUGUUCAACUCAUGAGGCAGGCAAGUUGAUUUGUAUUUUCUAAUAUAGAAUUGAAGAAAGUAGUAAUCCAAAACCAAUAUGGCCUGGAACUGUUUUACUUGACAGAAAACAUCCUGAUUGGUAAGCUUGUUAUCCACAACAGGGAGAGUUUUUAGUACUAACGCUAGUGACACUGUGCAAAUCAACAAUUACAACUUCAGAGCUCUAUGGAAUAAAGAGAGACCCAUGGCUAUAUAGUGAAUUGUUAUUUACAAAUGCAUCAUUGGAAUACUUGACCUUGGGACCUCUGGGUUGUGAGCCAGGUACUCCCUACUCUUGGCUUUGCUCAGAUGCCUCUUCCAGUACACAAAGGGUGUGAAUUGAACUACCCCUAAAAAACCCAGAAUCUUGCCAAUUUAUAAUCUUGCACCACUCACAAUGAGUCCUGAAAUCUCCUGUAAAUGACUGCAUUUAAUUAAUUUUGGUCCUGAGGUCUCAUAUUUUUUCAAAAUUCUGUCAUGAGCUUUAUUCAAUUAUGCACAUCAACUUUGCAUGAUGAGGUUGAUUCCCAAUAGUGUCACCAUUGAAAAAAGUAAAGAGCAGUCUGUGAUCUGACACAAUGAAUGUGAAUACAAGAAAUCUAAGACUUGUAACUAUAACUAGAUGUAACUUCACCAAAUUAGGAAUUCUUUUCAUAUCAUAAUAAAUUUCCCAUUCUUUAACCCUUAAACUCUCAGAAGUGAUUAACAUGUAACUUCUCUAUAUAAUAUCCAUGCAUUAUCCAGCAAGCAGGUAAUGAGAAUACCUAACCUCAUCAGUUAAAAGUUUUUGUCUUGAUCUACCACCAAAUUCUUGGUACUAAUUUACAAGGAAAUGUGUGACAAAUAUAGGGAGGGUUAAGAAUCAGAUCUUGGGAGUUAAGGGGAUAAUCUCUCCCUUUCCCCAGCUAAGUGAAUCACAAUUAGCACUUUAUUUCAACCAGGGCCAUUCUCCACAAGAAUCUUGUGAGUUAGUGAUCAAAGAAGCCCAGCAAAAAGCAAGAACAGCUACUAAACCAUUUGAAAUGGCCUUGAUUGCUAUCAACAAAAAGGUAAUGCAGUGACAAGUUUUGUUACUGUUUGAUUAUUUGUAAUUAACAAUAAAACACAAAAUCUGAGCUAAACCAUACUAUAACCUUAAGGUCAACGUUUGGCAAGGAAUGAGGUUUUAUAGCAGAAAUGAAUUGUUAGCUUGUGAGCAGACCUUCAUUUUUAGUGCUUUAGCAUAGGCAUUUCUUCACCUGCAGAAAGAUACGAGGCCUCGAGGAAAGCUUGUGGCCAACAGGUCUGCAAGGGGUCUAGCACUGAUACUGAGUAUUAUUUGAGCCAGAUCCUAGGCAAACCUCUGCGACUUGCCUCAAAUCUUUCUGCAUGCUCAAAUUAAACACUACUCCUCAGCAGCACUUAUGAUUUUUGGGCACAAUAAAGAGUACUAGGAAUUUGUCUACCUGGAUCCAGUUGUUCGAAGCCUCAUCUAAGCACAAACCUUGGUUUAAAUUUUAAUCUAGGUUUCUUAUUCCUUUGCUCCAAAGCCUUUUUCGGAUAAUUUUCUUUAUUCUUUUCAGGGCAUCCAAUCAUCAAAUUGUAUACAUAAGUAGCCCUACUGAAUUUUCUUUUAAAGCUUUUAAAUCUGAAUUCAGAUUCCAUAGUAACCCCGGGUUAUCUUAACCCAGCUUUGAAAAACAUGGCCGUGAAUUAUUCUUGGACAUGUACAUUUCUUUUUUUUUUUCCUUUUUUUUUUUGUAUCUCAAGGGUGAUUUUGGAGCGGCUGGCACUGUGACAUCAUUUAAAGAUGAAAGACAUAAUACCUUGUACACAGGGUUCCCAUUUGUAGUAUGGACUGAAGAAAUGGGUGAACCUGAAAUCAGAGUCCGACCUCCUCUUUGCUUCUAG